AUGUCAUAUGAUGACAAAUAUAGACAUUUCUCCAUGGCAAAGAUGAGACAAGUUUUAAAUAUUUACAAUACCCGUAAACAAAAAGGUUUGGGAAACCACUCCCCCGAAGAAAUGAAAAACAACCCCGACUUAGAGAAAGACUAUAUAUUUAAUAGUUUAGUCAAAAGAGACAAACAAGAAAGAAUGCCAGGCUUCAAACUUAAGAAAGGUGACAAAGUAAAAAUAGAAAUACCUAAACGCGACCCAUAUGAAAAUACUAUUGACUAUGACAACAAUGGGAACUCGACAGGUACUCGCAUUCGUGUUCGUAAAAAUAGAAGAAAGUAUACAAGAGAAUAUUAUGAAGUUUUAGGCAAACAUGGCAAAAUGUACAGACUGCAAGCAGAAGAUAAAACUACUAUUGUCAGACCUCGUUUCAAACUUGUCAAAGUUCAAGGUGGUAUACUUUCAAAGACAGUUCCUAACAAAUAUAAGACAACUCCAGACGAAUAUGCUAAAGAAGUUGAAAAUGACGACUAA